CCCCGAACCACCAUGGCCGUCGGACGUAUGUCUACGGCUGUCUCGAUCGCCGUCCUCUUGGUCGCUUUUUGGUACACGAGAGACGAUGGACACCCAAUCAUACACAAAAAUCUGCAGAGUAUUUUGGACGCCAUGUUAGAGGUAGAGCAGCAGCAUGCAGUGGGUGAAAUUCGCAUUGCUGUCGGCUAUGGUGCCUGCAAGGACCUCUUUGUCCGGGGCUCUCACAUCCUGGGGGUCAUGCAGGCACCUCAGCGUCCUGCGCACUUUAGUCGGAUUGAAUCUCUGCAGCAGAUGAAGGAGAUGUAUGCUCUCUUCUUUUCUGCUGGAUCGGCUGCAGAGCGGUAUGUGGUCAAUGAAACACUGUUCAGUGAGAUGAUAACUGCAGCAGAGGCAGCACCAGGCUCUUACUCUGCUUUAGGGGGUAAUGCUCCAGUCAUGGCUUCGCGAUUUGCCAAAGAGGGAGCAAAGGUUCUCCUUGCUGCCAAACGCAGCCCGUAUAUCAUGGAGGAAAUUCAUCCUGAUAUUGUGGUUGGAGGAGGAGAUGUUGAUGGAGUUGAUGACAUUCACCUGAUCUUAGAAUAUAAGACAGGAGAGAAAUGGGGAACCUAUGAGGCACCUCGAGCAAAUAGAUUUAUUGUGCACAGUGAUGAUAGCAAUCCAACCCUGAGUUCAGUUGAAGAGUUCGGUGGACAUUUACCCUCAUUCAAGCCGCAUUUACUUGUUGUUGGAGGUCUUCAGAUGAUGGACAACUUUCCCUUCCAGUCAGGCCGUCGUCAGGAACGUCUUAUGGCCGUUCGGGACCAGAUGAGCUCCCUCCCCUUUGCGACCAGAAUCCACUUUGAGAUGGCUUCCUUCACCGACACUGAACUCUUGAAUGAUCUCAUGGACUAUGUUAUUCCCUAUUCCGAUUCUCUGGGGAUGAAUGAACAGGAACUUCCAAAUCUGUACAGUAUGAUGAAGUAUGGAAACGUCAGUCUCGUGUCGGACUUCAACCCUCGUGUUGCUGUUGUUCUGGAUCAGAUGAGAGAAAUUUUCAAGCAACUAGGAAACACCCCAGAGGUCGGUGGGAAGAGGAGGUUGACGCGCUUGCACCUCCACACCCUUGCGUUCCAGGCCAUCAUGGUGAGGAAGGGGUCACCCUGGCUUAACUCCAUGGCUGCUGCGACAAAGGCUGCACUCACGGCAAAUCGACAUGUGUGUGGCAAUUCUAAGAUUAACUUGCGAAAUGCCAAAAUCCUAAUGGACGAUGGCUUCACACUGUCCCAAGAAGCGGGAGCGGGGAGGGUCAUGUUUGACAACCAGCAUCCUGUGGCUUGUUGGACUGAAGACGAUGGCAACGUAGAGAUAUGUGUGGCUCCUGUUCUUGUGUGCACCUCAGUCCGGCACACAGCAGGUGGUGGAGACAACAUUUCGGCAGCUGGCCUGGUUCUGCAGGUGUAACAUGCAGGUGCAUUUCUUAGUCUUUUACCAAGAGAAAAGUUUUUGUGUUUGAAGAGAAUCCAUAUCAGAUAUCUGUUAGGGUGAACUUACAUUCCAUGUCAGGAAUCUUUUUUAUUUAAUAAUUCUUUUUUUGAUGGGAGCUAGAGGUGGACGUCUUUAAGAACCAGAGUAUUUUACUGAUUUCCAGUGCCUUGUGUCUUGCAUGUUGCAAGAAGAAAAUAUAUUUUAUGGAAUAGUAAUAAGAGAUAUUUUUGUUAGGUAUAGUAAUGCUGAUGGUGUUUAAGGUAAGAUAGACUCAUUCUUUUAAAAUGUGAGUUGAGUAAUUGAUUCAGUUUGUAUGCAAUUGAAAAUUGUGAAAAAAUGAGAUUGUCAUUAAUAGCAAUAGUUGUUAUCACCUCAGUAUGUGUUCAUAUUUUAUUUUUAUUAAUUUAGGUAUAUAGAUAUUUUUUCUAGUGCAGUCAUAGUGUUGAGACUGGAAACUAGUUGAUUUUUUCUAGAAAAGAUUUAUAUAAGAAAAAAGAAGUUAUCAUCUCAGGAGAAACCAACAACCACCCAGAUACCAAGUUAUGUUUGUAAUCAAAGGUAGCUAAGCUCAGUUACAAGUAAAUGAAUGUGAAUCCCCCCUCCCCCUAUGAAGAAAGCAGGUAAAAUGAACUUAAA